CCCUGACACCAGAGGCUGAAUCCACUGAACGGAAGCGACGACAGCGUCAUAUUUCAAUGAGAAAAUAGUGAAAUUCGAGACCGAGACGUAGAAAUUGUCUCUGCCACCAGCCAAGAUGAUCCACAGCCUGUUUCUGGUGAACGCCUCAGGCGACAUUUUUCUGGAGAAGCACUGGAAGAGCGUGGUCAGCCGCUCCGUGUGUGACUAUUUCUUUGAAGCCCAGGAGCGCGCCACUGAGCCAGAGAAUGUCCCGCCCGUAAUCCCCACGCCGCACCACUACCUUAUCAAUGUUCUGAGACAUCGCAUCUACUUUGUGGCUGUUAUCCAGAGUGAAGUGCCGCCACUUUUUGUCAUUGAGUUUCUGCACAGAGUCGUCGACACAUUCCAGGACUAUUUCGGCGUGUGCACAGAGGCUGCCAUUAAAGACAAUGUGGUUGUGGUCUAUGAACUACUGGAGGAGAUGCUGGACAACGGCUUCCCCCUGGCCACCGAGUCCAACAUCCUCAAAGAGCUAAUCAAGCCCCCUACCAUCCUCCGCACAAUGGUCAACACCAUCACAGGCAGCACCAAUGUGGGUGAACAGCUCCCUACCGGUCAGCUGUCAGUGGUGCCAUGGCGACGCACUGGAGUCAAGUACACCAACAAUGAAGCUUACUUUGACGUGGUGGAGGAGAUUGACGCCAUCAUUGAUAAGUCAGGUUCUACCAUAACAGCAGAAAUCCAGGGAGUAAUUGACGCCUGUGUCAAACUGACUGGCAUGCCUGACCUCACAUUGUCAUUUAUGAAUCCUCGGCUGCUGGAUGACGUCAGCUUCCACCCGUGUGUCCGAUUCAAGCGCUGGGAAGCUGAGCGGAUCCUCUCCUUUAUCCCUCCCGAUGGAAACUUCCGGCUACUGUCCUAUCAUGUCAGCUCUCAGAACCUGGUGGCCAUUCCAGUGUACGUCAAGCACAACAUUACCUUCAGAGAAGGAAGCUCCCAGGGCCGUUUUGACUUGACCCUGGGCCCCAAGCAGACCAUGGGCAAGGCUGUGGAGUCGGUGCUGGUCAGCAGUCAGCUCCCCCGGGGUGUUCUCAAUGCCAACCUUAACGCCUCCCAAGGAACGUAUACCUUUGACCCAGUCACAAAGUUAUUGACAUGGGAUGUAGGCAAGAUCAACCCCCAGAAGCUUCCCAGCCUGAAAGGCAGCAUGAAUCUUCAGGCGGGAGCCUCCAAACCUGAUGAGAACCCCACCAUUAACAUCCAAUUCAAGAUCCAACAGAUGGCCAUCUCAGGGCUGAAGGUAAAUCGCCUGGACAUGUACGGUGAGAAAUACAAACCUUUCAAAGGCAUCAAGUACAUGACCAAGGCUGGGAAGUUCCAGGUCCGAACAUGAAAAGACAGCAGUUCUGCUCAAAACGGACCAAACAUUCAUGAGGCUGAGGACGGAUGUGAUGCGUUGGAUUCAUACAUACUCUGUUUACACACAUUUCAAAGUGUAUUUCCGCACUUGUAGCAGUAACAAAAUGACCAACCUACUGCUAAUGUAUUCAUACUAACAGAAUAUUUAUUGACCCAUUUAGGAGAAAUGAUGGCUGGUGCUUUUUAAAUAUAGAAAAAAAAAACACUUUCCUUGAUUGAAAUGAUUAUGAUCAACUUUUUGCAUACAAACGUGGUGUUAUUAGUAUAGCUGGCCAUAUUUUUUGUUUUUCUCUGUUUAUUUUUCUUCCUCCACUGCCUAGUUUAUGUCUUUUGUUUUUUUUAAACCUUUUUUUUACACACUGACCUACAAGAAUGACGCCGUCCUCAGUCUUGCACUUUUACCUCUGGUAGAAGUAAUGUUUCAAUGCAAAUCACGUUGGUGUGGUGUUACGGAUGCUGUGUGGACCAGCUUUAUUCACUGUAUGAUUAUUUAUGAUUUAGAAUCCAUGCAGAAUCCCUGCAUCUCUUUAGUUAGUUUGUCAUCCUUGACAGCUUUUAUCUGUAAAUUGACCAAAAAACAGGAAUAUAACCCACCAUCGUACUCUUAUUACAGUUCUGAAAGAAGCUCAUGUUAGUUAUGUUGGCAAUGUGGACAAUAACAAGUACUGUACUUUCAACUGUGGUGUGAUGGACCGCUACCUAAGAAGAAAAAUAAUACCUUUUGAGUGUGUGUGUGUGUGUGUGUGUGUGUGUGUGUGUGUGCGUGAGCCUGUGUGUCUCAGCACCUUUCAGCCAAGUGUUCUAAAUGUCUGCAAAUAAAGAUUUGAUGUGUUGAGAAUCAA